AUGAUCCGUGAGCUGUCUUAUAUUCUUCUUGCCCCAGCUUUUAUUGCUAUAUCGUUGACCUCGGGUAAUAAGGAAAUACCGAAAAAUCCAGAUUCGUAUGGAACAGAAGAGGCUACGAUAAGCACAGACAUGUCAUCGAACACGUAUAUGAGUAGUCUAGAAGUAGAUCAGAAUAGUAGCACUAAAGAAGCAGAGACAGAAGCACCCCCAAUCAAGUGGAAUACACCAGCCGGUAUGCGUUCUAACCAAGAAGAAUAUAUUUCAAAUCAACCAGCGUAUGUUAUCGUUAAAAUUAGAGAUGCAGAAUGUUACUCGGCAUACACCCAAUCAUCGUUCACGCUAUACUUGGGUGCGCUCGACUACCAUAAUCAAUGGCUUUCAGAAGUGCACAUCAGAAGUAACAGUUUUAUCUACGACAAAUAUACAUCCACUCGCACUUACAAGGUCAAUGAAAAUAUAAUUCAAAUUGAGACAAUUUAAAG